AAGAGGCUGUUAGACAAACAAAUUUUAGGUGAAGGAGAUCACUGAGCAGACGAACAAACUGCUGAACAGUACUGGAAAAGGAAUAAGAGAAGAUAUUGAAAAGGUCCGCCAAGCACGUUUGAACCUCGAGAAGAAUCGACAAGCUCUUGAAAAAGUUGGUGGAGUUAGCGCCGUCACUCGAAAUCGUGCGGAUGAGAUGCAAAAACAACUUGCGCUGUUGAAAGACAAAAUCAAUGAAGCUCGCGAAAAAGCUCAACAGGUACGUGACAAACGUAUUGUGGCUCAUUGGAAUGUGGGAGGAGGAGCGAAAAUGGCAACCAAUAGUCACUCGAUUUUGUACAUUCCAAAUACAGAUCGAUCGAAUUGGUACCAUAUCGAUACGGAUACGGGAUCUUAUCUACGUAGAGCUAUUUGGAACGUGCUUAAAAUAUUCCUUAUGAUUAUUGUCGUAUCAGAUUACAGUAGCGUGAAAAAGCAGGAUGAUUUCCAUGGCGUUAUUGGCGGAAUAACGGUUGACGGAGUAUCCUUGCCACUUUGGGCUUUUUCGGGCAGUUCUCCGGAAUGUGAGGGUGCUCCUGCACCACCGCAACCCACCGUGCGAGGUUACAUGUUCCGUGACGGCUUUGCUCAAAUGGAACUUGCCACAUUCGAACGUACCGUUUCGUCAAUUUCUGUCAUAUUCAAUGCUUACUCACCGAACGGUUUACUGUACUUCCGCGGAUCUGAAACUAGCGGUGAUUUCAUCGCACUGCAGUUGAAGGACGGUCAUGUGGUGUUCAAGAUAAAUCUUGGAGGAUCCUCUCAUGCUGAGCUCACUUCAAAAAAUCCUUACGCUGACGGGCGUGAGCAUACGGUGAAGGCGAUACGCAGCGGCGGAGAGAUCCACCUCCAAGUCGACAGUGAUGCCGAUCGCUUCUCAACUACUAUUCCUGGAGAAAACACCGCGUUGAAUAUUGAGACGGAUAUGCACUACGUGGCUGGUGUGCCCAGCUCGUUCAGGAUUGAUCGAUUUGAUGCAAAUAUCGAGUGGAAGGGAUUCUUUGGAUGUAUACUGAGUGUGAAACCAUCUCAGGCAUCCGAUCUGAAUCUGGACCAUCCUGUGCGCUGGCAGCGUCGUGAACCCGGCUGCCAUUUCAGCGCUGCCAAGUUGGUACCCACUGACCGUCUUGUUGGCUUCUCACGACCUGGUUAUCUGCUCCAAAAAGGCGUAAUUAUGGAUAAUAAUUCAACUUUCGGCUUUGGUUUCCGUACUAAGGAAGAGAAUGGUACACUUAUAUUCCAAUCGUCAAAGCUGUCAGCUUUUCGCAGAAAGCAGAGAGGAGCAGAUAACAACGGAAAGGGUUACAUGGCAUUCUACCUGUUCCGCGGAUAUCUCGUGCUGCACUUUGGCAAAGUUGGUUUCGGUCAAACAUUUUCUAAUCUUAAAGCUUACGAUAUUUAUGAUGCCUCAUCUAGAAAAGAGGUAGUGACUAUUCGCUCAAGCCAGAUGUACAACGAUGGCCAGCUGCAUUCAGUUUUUAUGAGUUUCGCUGAACGUUCUAAACCGCCGAAUAACGAAAUUCCCAUUACUGUGCCGCUGAUAGGAUGCGUUUCUGAUAUGUUCCAUAAUUACAGGAAGAUUCCCAUCGUACCCGAGGAACAUAACGCCCAAAUCGGUAUAUGCGCGAUUGAAUCACCAAACUUCGCCACUCCAAUUGGUUGGAAGAUUCCCAUCGUACCCGAAGAACAUAACGCCCAAAUCGGUAUAUGCGCAAUUGAAUCACCAAACUUCGCCACUCCAAUUGAUGAACCGCUGGAUCUGGAUAGCAUCGGGGGUCAUCGCAAAGAUUCACGUUUGAAUCAUCAAAUGGAUCGAAAUUACUACGGUAUAUUGUGUGUAUAGCC